AUGGUGCACUGGGGCACGGUGUUCGUGACGGUCACGAUGUCGGGCUUCCUGCUUGGACGGCGAGAGCUGCCCAAGAUCGGGCGCUUCGUGGGAGUGUACAGUGGGCGAAGUGUGGGCGCUAUCGUCCGAGCCAAGAAAGAGUUCUUCGACGCCACAAAGGACAACGAUAUUGUCAAGUUACAGCGCGAGUUCCAGCGUGGCAUCGAGGAGCUCAACGAGAUCCGCUCGGAGCUCACGAGCGUCGGAAGCAUGCGUCGCCCCUUGCAACCCACGAGCGACGCAGCUCCAGCUAGCGCAAUAACACUUGGUACAAUGAACCACUCGACAGCGGCUGUACUGGGAGCUUCGGAUCCAUUAGUACAAACAUCCACAUCGCCAGCAGUAGGCCGCUCAAGCGUCUCGCUGGCGUCUGCAGGUGAAUACGAAUUACAGGACGGAGUACGGCGCACCGAAGAAGCGAGUUUGGCAAUGGCUGAGCUCAAGCUGGCGGGGCAGAAUAAAUUUGCUCCCCGAGUUGAGAGUCAGGAAGGAGGAGCAGACUAUGUGUCCGCAAGCAUCAUGGAUAGCUUGCUGCUGGACCAGCAAAGGGAGAAGACCAACAAGACAAGCUGA